UGGUGAGACCAGACAAACCCGUUCAGCCAGGCUGUGGUGGGAGAGAGGGUGGCUCCCUGGUGCUGCCUCACAGACUGUGGCCAGCCCCAGGAGAACUCUAGGCACUCUGUCUGUCUCUGCCUUAUCACAGACGACCGGAGCCCCAGCAGGAGCACACACAGCACGAUGGCCACGGACUUUGUGCAGGAAAUGCGCUCUGUGGGUGAAAGGCUGCUGCAGAAGCUGCGAGAGCUGCCCCAGGCCGAGCCAGUGGAGCUUGUGGCCUUUUCCAUCAUCGUCCUUUUCACAGCCACUGUCCUGCUGCUGCUGCUCAUAGCCUGCAGCUGCUGCUGCGCUCGCUGCUGCUGCCAAGAGCCAAGAGGCAGGAAGGUCCAGGUGCAGCCCAUGACCCCCCCAUGAGGGACGGUGGGGAGAUGGCUGAAGAGAAGCGGCACAAGCCUGCCAAGAGCCAAGUCAUGAGCUGUGGACCUGCCCUGCGGCUCUCACCCUUGCAGACAAGGACCCCCAGAUGCCAGGACACUUGGAGUCUAAGCAAGGAAACAAGGCCAGACACAGGCGCAGAACUGCAAAGCCCAUUUGCCAGUGGACACUGGGUUUGGAGAAGGAGUUGACUAUUUCAAUGAUUCAGUAAAGUGAGUCCUCUGCCAACCUGAACUUUUUAACAAAACAAGGACGCGAGGCUCCCCAUAUUUUGACAAAGAAUAGCCAUACCCUCAAGGAGUUGGCCCUUGGGGCUCUGCUAAUUCAGGCUGAAGAGGAGCAAGCCAAUCAGAGGGACUUUGUGCAAUAGCUACUGGAUUCCAAGCUCCCACCAGAGGUGGGAGAUGUCAGUAUUCUAGCCCAAUAUUUGCCUGCUUGUUUCCCAGUAAAAAGCUUUUGGUUACGUG